ACAUGUCUUCAGUGAAGAUUAUGCUUGUAGUUUCUCUCUUCAUCCCUGCUGUGAGGUCCAGUUCAGAUUUGUGGAAAUUGGAAUGCCCGCCUACAUAUGGAAUUCUUGCUCAGUCCACAGUUAUCAGAUGCUAUUUCAAAGACAUAAAAGAUAUUCACAUAGUUGCAGUUUCUUUAAGAAAAGUUGGACAGGACAAGCCAUUAUUUGCUCAAGAAGAAUCAAAAAGAUCAGGAGAUCAACGCUUUAGUCUUGAAAACUCAGCGAUGAGUCCAUCUCUGCAAAUCUCUGACACAAUGUUUUCUGAUGAGGGUGAAUAUCUGUACCAUGUUGUAACGGACAGGGGUUAUGAAGACAUACAACUUAGCAUCAGUGUCACGGCGAAGUACAAGGAUCCUGUCACAAGCACAUGGCCUGAAAAUGUAAAGGAUGGAGGACCUGUCAGCCUUUACUGCAAUGCUACUGACGGCUACCCAGCAGGCUCCAUCCAUUGGUUUGACCAUUCUGGAACCAACUGGACCAUAAAUUCAGAACUGACAAAAACCCCCAAGGAUAUCAACGGUGUAAAAUCUGUGGCUUUGUCUAGCAAACUGACUUUCAAGUCUAUCGUCUUGGGUCUGGAACCAUUUAGAUGCAUCGUCUUUAAUAGUAAAUAUGUACAAGAUGGAGAAAACACAAUGGAGAUCACAUCUGCUAUACAUGAUGAUAACAAGGAUUCUUCUGGAUCUAAUACAACAAACAUUGUUGCUGGUGUGAUGGUCAUUGGAUCGCUUACUGUUGGCCUGCUGUUUGCUCUGUUGUGUUUCAGAAAAAAAAAUGCUCAGCCUAGACGACCUUCUGCCCUUCCUAUUCUAAAUUAUGAACCAGGAAAUGCUGUUGAAGAUGAUCUGGAAAAUGGUAACAUCAGUCCUGAGCAUUGAAGCUUGUAAUAUCAGGAGAUGAAAUUGAAACUAUAAACCCUGAUUUUCAUACUGAGAUCAGCGCAGCCGCCAUUUGACCGAAACAAAAGUGAAAGCAUAAGGAAAAUGGCUGCUGUUUCAGGGAUUUGUAAUAUGUGGGCAAGUAAUAACGGUAAGACUUAACACUUAGUUAACUUCUCUUUACAUUUACAAUUAAAUGUGGCUUUAGAGAUCAUAUACACUAAUACUUGUCAAAUUAAUUGCUACAUCAAUAUAAACAUGAGUUUUAAAGAGGUUUUUGGAUGUUUUCAGAAAAUUUGAGAAAUGAUUUUGCAAAUGCUUUCAUAAGUCUGGUCAGAAAUCUUAAAUCAUUAUUCAUGAUUAUUUUACAAAACAGUUGUAGUUUUCAGAAAUAGUUAAUAAUAUUCAAAUCUAAAUAUAGUUCUGUAAAAAGUGUUUUAUAUCUUUCUAGUGAGUUUUUCCAUCACUACUGUCACCUUUGGCUUAACUCACUGAGGGUUUUAUGGUAAUAUUGUUCUGUAAAGCAUCUUAGUAACAAUAUUCAAGCUUAUUAGGUAAGCGUUAUACAAAUGAACUUGAAUUCAAUUGAAAACAUUUAUUCUCAGCUUUAUGCAUCAAACAUUAAUAGCAUUAAUGCAAAAAUGAUUUGUUUUGUAAUUGUGUUUAUACUGCUGCCAUUGUAUCACUGGUCACUUACGCUUCACAUCAAUGAUAGUAACUGUCAAAUAAGUCUCACAUUCAGCUUUCAUUUUCAGAUUCUGAACAUUUAAAAGUGAAGUGAAUGAUGCAUGAAUUGUAAUGUGGUGAUUUUUCAGUGAAUACAGCAACUGUAAAUACAACUGUGAAUACAAUAAGUGGACCAGUUUCUGUUAAUACAAGGAAUGCCGUGGUUUUAAAGUAGGAGGGGACAGGAUUAAGGUGUGUGUGUGUGUAUGUGUUUUCUCCCUUGAUUUUAAUUUGAAAUAAAAUCAUAUUCAUUGUUUGUAAAAUGUAGCAUGUAGAGAGACCUUGAAUCUUUAAACACUUGUAUAUUUGUAUUUUGUUUUUAACCAU